AUGGUGAAGCGGGAUAAGAGCGUGGCGAGGCCGAAGGGGCGGACGAUUGUCGUCGGUGACCUUCAUGGAAAUUUCAACGACCUUUGGCGCAUUAUCCAUGCUUGGCUGUCGGAUGUGGUUGACGGAGGGCCCGGCCAAAACAUCAUGUUCCUCGGAGACAUCGUCGAUCGCGGCCCCCGUCAACUUGAAUGCUUGAUCCUGAUUAUGGCGUACAAGAUGCACGACCCCCAACAGGUGUUCAUCGUCCGUGGAAACCACGAAGAGCACCAAGUCUCGCCGUUCUUGUCGCAAGAUGAGAAAAACGAUCGUGUUCGCCGCCAAGAUGACAUCCCUGAGAAGAUUCAAUACCCACGAUGCAUCAACGUGGCCGAAUUGGCAGACGAGGAUCAACAGAGGGUCAAGGGCGACCAGUUUCUGAACUGCGAGACGAACAUCUUUGUCCAGUUCCGAAACGGCAACACCAGCGGACUGGCCAUCGACCCGCCGCCUUGCGAGGGAGCUAAUGACACUAAAAUCUGCACGCAUCGCCAUGGAGUCCCAACGGAAACGACCCCCAUCCCUCUUGCCACGACAGCUGCCGCUCUAUCGACUGAGAGGUUGAUCGGGAUUGGGGCUGGUGUCGGCGGCAUCUUACUGUUGACGACGGCGCCAUCGGAAAUCGUCGACCUUGCCGAGGGCCAGUACAAGCUCAUCACCACCAAUCUUGACGGGGGACUCAUGGAGCAUUUGGAGAAGAUGACGGAAGGGAAGCAACGCGCGCUAGAACGCCAGGCGGGCCGCUACGAUCUUGCGAAGCACGGCUUUGCGCUGAGAGUCGAUCUCGAGAAGCUUAAAGCCUGGAAAUCGAAGCAGCAGCAGCCCGACGAGCCAGAGAAAAAAACCAACUUUGUUCUUGAAGAAGUUCCCCGGUCGUUUGCUGGCUUGACGGAGCGUCUUCGCGCAAAGUUCAGCAGUCCCGAUUGUCUUUUCGCGGACAAGGAAAAACCGUACUACAACCCGGACGCCGAUGAUAUUUGGUGUUUAUGCGACGGCGUCCUGCGUUUUUUGAGGCGGGAGAAAGGUGUGGCCAGGCCGAAGGGGCGGACGAUUGUCGUCGGCGACCUCGAUGGAAAUUUGAGCGAGCUUUGGCGUAUCAUCCAUGCUUGGCUGUUGGAUGUGGUUGACGGAGGGCCCGGCCAAAACAUCAUUUUCCUCGGCAACAUCAUCGGUGGUCGUGGCAACCAUCAACUUGAAUGCUUGCUCAUGAUUUUGACCUACAAAGCACUCUACCCAUUCCAGGUGUUCAUCGUCCGUGGUAAUCAUGAAGACAACGACGACUACACUACUUUCCAAGCCGAUGUUAUUAAGCGCGGACUGCCUGUCGUUGGGCUGAUUGAUGGCCGAAUUCUCUGCAUGCACGGCAUGAUAUCGAUGGAGCUGACCAAAGAGAUGCUUCAAGUUGGUUGGGAUCCGAAGCUGAAGGCUUACGAUACCAUGAGCAAGCAUCUGCGUUGGAACGAUCCAUCAGAAAAAGUAGAAUUUUACGAGCCCAAUCCCACGCGAAAACACGGCAUGUUCUGGGGCCCGAAGGGCAUCAAAGAAGCCAUGGAUCGGCUCGACGUCGAAUUCGUCCUCCGAAGCCACCAGAUGAUGACAAAUGGUGUGCGCCGAUUUGCCAACAUGCCGGUGGCCACCGUCUUCAUAUCGUCGUUCCACGGAGACAAGAAAACCCUGGGCGCCGUUCUCUCGUCGAUCCGCAGCAAAUGGUAUCGCGCCGAUCUUCAUCGUCAGUAUGGACGACAAGAUCGAAACGCAAGAGGAAUUCGACGAGAAGCUGCG